CUGGUCCCCUUGGUACUGCUGGUAUUUUUACUACUUACCCAGCACCUUACUUAUCACUUGUUGGAGCAUUUAUAAAUGAGGUGAUGGCUACAUUUGUAUUAUUGCUAGUGAUUUGUGCAAUAAUAGAUGAAAAUAACUGUGGAAUAACUCCAGCUCUGAUACCUCUAUACAUUGGAAUACUUAUUGUAACAAUUGGUAAUGGUUUCUCUGCAAACACUGGCUCUGCUUUAAACCCAGCUCGUGAUCUUGGUCCUCGAAUUUUUGUUACUAUUGCUGGCUGGGGCACAGAAGCAUUUGUGUAUGCUAAUUACUGGUGGGUACCAAUUGCUGGUCCCCACCUUGGAGGUAUUUUAGGAGCACUUUUUUAUGUAUUCUUUGUGGAAAUGCAUCACAACAAGAGUUAAUAGGAUCAUUAAAGGUCCAGGCACUAUAAACAGCAGUAGAUCUGGCUCCUGAUUUGAAAAUACACCAGCAUAAUUUUGUGUGUGCACCUGCACUUGUGAAUACACAAAUGACAAAUUUUGUGAGAAGUCAAUCAAAG